AUGUCAAGAGCCCUAGACACAGUUCUCCUGUCUCAGCUGAAAUCAGAGGACCCAAAACCGGCUUAUAUCGAUCUAUCAACACUGCUCACAAAUUUGCCUGGAAAUGGCCUGCUGGAAAUCGAGUUUCUUGGACCUAGUCAUCCGUUAGAACCAGGUGUCAACUUUCUCCAAGACGAAAACGCUAUAGCAAUUCCCAAGCUCAGGCUCGUGCAGGCCUUCUUUGUUGCCCACAAGGUCAUCAAAGGCCAUCUCGAAAAUGCCAGCGCAGUCAUCACCAACGAUGUCAUUGCCGCAAGUUCCAUAGUCUUAUUGAUGGAUCCAGAACACUUGACCGCUGCUAAUAUACGGAAACGGUUUCUAUCCGCUUCGGGUAACAUGACAAAUGCCACUCUCAAAAAGGAGCGACAAUUCGUUGACACACUGCUUACCGCUAGACUGCACCGUCACACGAAGUCACCAACCCUAUGGUCACAUCGGAGAUGGCUCGUUGCUACAUGUUUGGACUUGAGUAUUCCUUGGGAUAUUCGAGAUGACAUUAAGAAUGUGGUUAUGGUCGCUGGAGAACGCCAUCCUCGUAAUUACGUGGCGUGGCAACACGCUCGAUUUUUGUUACACCACGACCCGAGUCUAUCGGCCACUGUCGCCGUUGAUGCAAAAGCGUUCUGUUUGAAGAAUCAUUCUGAUAUCUCGGGUUGGACCUUUCUAUCAGACUGCAUCGCUAGGAUCCAAGAUGAAACAGACCGGGCGUUGGUCCGCUCAUCGGUCCUUGAUGACGUUCUGACCAUGACUCAGUCAUUCCGCUGGACAAACGAGUCAGUGUGGGCGUUUUUGCGCACCAUCGUAGCGAGAGAAUGUGUCAGUGAGCAAGACCUUGGACGAUUCCUUGCUACCAACGACGGGCUCUCCGCUUCCAUGCCACGCAACGCGGCUGAGUGGAACACUCUAAUUAGGGCCCGGGAGUGGUGUGUCAAACACCGUCUACCGAAAGUGACUUGA